AUGAACUACAAUUCUCUCAGUUCUACCGAGCUGCUGCUUGGCUUGCCAUACUUAAUAUUGGUUUUCUUAAAACCUUUAUCUCUGUUCCUGACAGACAUGAAUGCUGACGGUGGCAAGGCUGCUCCUCCCAAAUUCAAGCAGAAGGAGGGCAGGGCGUUCAAGAGCAAGGCCCCCAAGCCUGGCCAGAAGGGGUUCGACAAUGACGUUCCUGGAAUGGAGGGUCUUGGAGACUCAGCCCUUGUCUGCCCUUGGGAGGCUUUUGGAGACGCGGACCUGAAUGAACUGGCGCAGUUUGGACUCGUUUAGACAAGCGUGAUUUAGUCUUGAUGUCUUCCCCACCCUCAGAUAUGUAUUUAAAAGAAACAUGACCUAUAACCUAUUCAGAUUAUUCGACUAUUGUUCUAAGAAAAUCCUCAUAAAACCUCUGCAGAGGACAGAUUUGAUUUAAAUGUGAUCUCAAAAUUGAUGUAAACUAAUUCUAAUAUUUAAAAUUACUGAUAUCUGAAGAAAACAAAUCACAUCACUUACACUUGUGCUCGUCUAUCCCCAAUCUUUGUGUUACUG